AUGGCAAAUGAAGUUAGUGCAUAUGCAUCUCUGGUUUUCUCACAGGUCUUGGGUUCGAAUCUUAGGAGUGACAAGUCCAUAAGGAAGGAGGCCAUACAUAAGAGCAGAGCAGAGCAUAAAUCCAUCCAUUUUAUCUCAAGAAGACAGGAGCAAAUUGAUUCGAGUUCAUCAUAUGAUAAAGUAACUUCAAAAGAGAAUGUCUCUCCUUGUUCAUUUUCAUCAUCAUCCACCAAUGAGCAGCAGUUAAACACCCACCAUCAUGUCUUAAGUUGUUCCAACAUUGAUGAAAUCCAAAUUCAAGAAAAUGAUCAGAUUGAAGAACUUGGAUUGUUAGGCAAACCAUCACCAAAACCCAUUAAUGUACCUCAAGUUGAACAAGUUGAAGAGUAUAUUAAACCCCCCGAUAAAGACGACGUCUUAGAGCCAUUCUAUAAGUUUUUUAGAGAUGGCAAGUCUUCUGCAGAAGACGAAAUUAGCGAUUCAGAAGAUGUUAGUGUAGUGGACGAUGAAGAAGAAGAAGAAGAUGAGAAGGAGGUUUCUGUAGAAUAUUAUGAUCCCCAACAAGGCGAUUUUGUUGUCGGUGUUGUUGUUUCGGGCAAUGAGUAUAAGCUUGAUGUUAAUAUUGGUGCAGAUUUAUUAGCAACCAUGUUGACUAAAGAAGUGCUCCCUUUGUAUGAUAAAGAGUUGGAUUUUUUGUUGUGUGAUAUGGAGGAGAAUGCUGCAGAGUUCAUGAUGAAUGGGAAGAUGGGAAUUGUGAAAAACGAAGAGGCGUUAAGUACUGGUCCCGGGGCUGGGCAGCCAGUUGUGGAGCAUGGCACAGUUUUGUUUGCUGAAGUUUUGGGUAGAACGCUUAGUGGUCGACCGUUGAUUUCUACUCGGCGGUUCUUUCGCCGACUGGCUUGGCAUCGAGUGAGGCAGAUUAAACAAUUUAAUGAACCUAUAGAGGUGAAAGUCACAGAGUGGAAUACGGGUGGUCUCCUUACAAGAAUCGAGGGAUUACGAGCUUUUCUUCCUAAAGUUGAACUUGUUAACCGUGUUAAUAACUUCACCGAGCUAAAAGAAAAUGUUGGACGUCGAAUGUAUGUUCAAAUUACCCGAAUAAGUGAGGAUACGAAUGACUUGAUUCUUAGUCAAAAGGAUGCUUGGAAUGCGAUACACCUUAAGGAGGGAACUCUUUUGGAAGGAACAGUAAGGAAAAUCUUUCCUUAUGGUGCUCAGAUAAGGAUCGGCGAAACUAACCGUAGUGGAUUGUUGCAUAUCUCGAAUAUCACUCGAGGAGAACUUGUUUCAGUCAGUGAUGUGCUAGCCCUCGAUGAAAAGGUCAAAGUUUUGGUUGUGAAGUCAAUGUUCCCUGACAAAAUCUCUCUCAGUACCGCAGAGCUUGAGAGUGAACCCGGUUUGUUCUUAAGAAACAAGGAGAAAGUGUAUUUGGAAGCUGCAGAAAUGGCGAAGAAGUAUAAGCAGAAGUUGCCAGCCAUUUCAACCACUCGAAAGUUAGAGCACCUUCCAUCAGAUGCCCUGCUAUUUACUGAUGAAGAAAGUAUGUAUGCAAAUUGGAAAUGGUUCAAGUUUUAACAAGAUGAACCAAAAUAACCAUGUUACUCUUCUACCUAAUACCUUGUGGCUUCCUCAUAGCUGAUGUACAAAGAGAAAACAACAUUUUAAUGGCUUUUUGGAAUUAGGUGAUCAAGUUAAUAUGGUGUCGUAUCUAGGAUCAAAUUUGACCCUUUUAGAGAAAGUCAAAGUGUUGCGGCUUGAUGGAUGGAUGGAUGGUGUCAUGAUUAAGUUGUGAUCUUUGUCCUAAUGUUGAUUGUAUAUGUUAAUUGCUUUUCGUUCCGGCUUUAAGAUGAAAGCAGAGAUUGUGUUGUUUGUAGUGUAAUUGAGGAUUAUCACAAAGGUAUACAUUUCAAA